CUCUGUCCAACCCGCCUCACCAGCUAGCUAUCCAGCCCGCCACAUCGCCGCCCAUCCCCCUCGCCGCCCAUUCCCCUCGCAACCCGCCCGCGCUGCGCGAAAGCCCCCGCACAUUGCCCACACAUUGCCUGCACAUUGCCUGCACAUUGCCUGCACAUUGCCCACACAUUGCCCACACAUCGUCCACACAUCGCCUGCACAUCGCCUGCCCAUCGCGUCUCCACCAUGGCCGUCGCAGACACGGGCAAGCGGAUAGAGGAGGCGCAGAAGCUGGCCCCGACGGAGCCCGCAAAGGCAGAGCGGCUGUACCAGGAGGUGCUCUCGCAGGACCCGGGCAGCAACGAGGCGGCCAUCAAGCACUACGAGACGGCGCUGGUCUCGCUCGGCGAGCUGUACCGCGACCAGAGCAAGGUGGACGCCCUCGCCGCGCUGGUCACGCAGGCGCGCUCCGUGCUGUCGUCGUUUGCAAAGGCGAAGACAUCCAAGCUGGUCCGCCAACUCCUCGACCUCUUCACGGCCAUUCCCAACACCACCGACACCCACAUCGCCGUCACACAGUCAUGCAUAGAGUGGGCCGUCUCGGAGCGGAGAGGCUUCCUGCGUCAGAACCUCGAGACCCGUCUCGUGUCGCUGUACAUGGCCAAGCAGUCGUACUACGAGGCGCUGGCGCUCAUCAAUAGCCUGCUCAAGGAGCUCAAGCGUCUGGAUGACAAGCUGGUGCUGGUCGAGGUGCAGCUGCUGGAGUCGCGAGUCUACCACGCCCUCGGCAACAUCCCCAAGGGCCGCGCCGCCCUCACAUCUGCACGGACCUCGGCCGCAUCCGUCUACACGCCGCCGCUGCUGCAGGCCGGCCUGGACAUGCAGAGCGGCAUGCUGCACGCAGAGGACGGCGACUUCAACACGUCCUUUUCGUACUUCAUCGAGGCCAUGGAGGGCUACCACUCGCAGGACGACGAGCAGAAGGCGACGUCUGCGCUCCAGUACAUGUUGCUCUGCAAGAUCAUGCUGAACCUCGGCGACGACGUCAACACGCUCAUGGCCUCGAAGCACGCCGUCAAGUACGCCGGAAAGCGCCUGGACGCAAUGAAGGCCGUGGCCCGUGCACACACAAACCGCAGUCUGGACGAGUACGAGACGGCCCUGACCGAGUACCGCCAGGAGCUGGGCAGCGACCGCUUCAUCACGAGCCAUCUCCGCCGCCUCUACGACAACAUGCUGGAGCAGAACCUGAUCAAGGUCAUCGAGCCCUACAGCCGCGUCGAGAUCCACCACGUCGCCAAGGUCGUCGGCCUCGACACCGUCCAGGUCGAGCGCAAGCUCUCGCAGAUGAUCCUCGACAAGGUCAUCAUCGGCGUCCUCGACCAGGGCGCCGGCUGUCUGAUUGUCUACGACGAGUCCGUCCGCGACAAGGGCUACGACGCCGCCCUGAGCACCAUUGAGAAGCUCAACAGCGUCGUCGAGGUCCUGUAUGCGAACCAGGCCGCCUCGCUGGACUGAGCGGUGCUGUGAGCGGUGCUGGAAAACACUAUGUAAUAUAGAAGCAUAGACGGUUGACUCGCGCGCAGCCGGUGUAAUGAAUAUCAUGACAAUGGUACCUGAUGUCGUGCAGACUAACCUCACCUGA